ACUCUAAGCACCAGCGGCACCUCAAGCAACUUCUGGUUGGACCCGAGUGCGAGAUGGCCUUGCAACCGCAAUCAUGAGAAGCUACCCGUACAGCGUCUCUUCCCGUCUCACCAAAACCUAGAGUCAAGCAUGAUUGAAUAGCCUGACUGAGUUUGUGGUCAAAUUGAGCCCAUCCUCCCCCAGACCUUCUAGAACCGACCCAUGAUCCCAUCAGUCUUUUCGGGGAUAAAAUUGGCACAGACUCUGGUCGUCGAAUUGGUAACACUGGGCGGAAAUCUCUUGAGCAGUCCCCUUUAGCAUCGUAUUGCCAAAUAAGCACAAAUGACGGCACUCAAGUUUGAGACUGGGACCGUCCCCUUCAACCAUCCUUCUUUGCCCUCUCCAUGCAAGACCUGGUACAAGAUUGCCGGCGAUCUAUUCUCUUCGGCUAGUGGAAGGCCCUUGGUUGUCCUUCAUGGCGGCCCAGGCAUGGCUCAUAACUACCUGCUCUCGUUAACCGGACUCGCCAGCAAACACGGCAUCCCCGUCAUCUUCUACGAUCAGAUUGGGGGAGGACUCUCGACCCACUACCGUGAAAAACGCCUGGACACUGACUUCUGGACUUCAAAUCUCUUCAUCGCUGAGCUCGACAACCUGCUCCUCCACCUCGGCAUUGCCUCCGACUUUGAUCUCCUUGGUCAGUCUUGGGGUGGCAUGCUUGCUGCCAUGUUUGCCAUCCGUGGCCAUCCCGGCCUGAAUCGCCUAAUUCUUUCCAAUUCCCCUGCCAGCAUGCCUCUCAUGGUCCAAUCAUGUAAUCAGUGGCGCUCCCAGCUUCCUCACGAUAUCAAAGAUGCCCUGUCAAGGCAUGAAGCCGAUCAGUCAUAUGAUGACCCGGAGUAUGUCAGCGCCGUGGAGUACUUCUACACCCUCCAUCUAUGUCGGGUAUUGCCCUUUCCCAAGGACCUGACAGAUACCUUGGCAUAUGUCGAGGAGGAUGACACCGUCUACAGAACUAUGAACGGACCUAGUGAAUUCACCGUUAUUGGUUCGUUGAAGCAUUGGACGAUCGUCGACCAGAUCCACAAGAUCAAGAACGAGACAUUGCUGCUCAAUGCUGAAUUCGACGAGGUAAAUGACAGUUGUAUCGACCCUUUUUUCUCAGAGAUCGACAAAGUCAAGUGGUACAAGUUUGCCAAUGCCAGCCAUUGCACCAUGCUCGAGAUCCCGCAUGAAUACAAUCGAGUAGUGGCUGAAUUCCUCUUGAGGUGAUCCAUAUCUGCCUACCUAGAAGUAAAAGAGUGGCCAAGGGUCCAUGACCGAUGGAACUCGGAGGUGAACGGCUUCGUGCGAGGUUCUGAUGCCACUGCCUCCCCACCAUCUUAUCAGACUGAUAGUGUAGAGCGAUUUCGGUCAAUGCGAGAGAUAUAUACACCUAUGUAUUACUAUCAUGUCUCUCUGAUAAAGUUUUCAAUUCCAUGUCACUGAAGCGCA